GCACAGACCUCAGGUGAUGUGACUCCUGUUCUCAUGAAUCCUCUCUCACAGUCACACUCCAUUCCUCUGGCAGAAGGAAUAUGCCGUACCAUAUCAGACAUGAAUGCAGAUCAUGUGAUGGUCACGCAGGAAACUUUAAUGGAGCAGUUAGUGAAGAAUUAUCCAGGCAUUGCAGUUCCUUCCCACAAUGUCUUAUAUAAUAUCCUUGGCACUCUAAUUAAAGAAAGGAAAAUCUAUCAUACGGGAGAAGGAUACUUCAUGGUGACUCCCAACACAUACUUCAUCACAAAUGAUGCCACAGAAGACAACAGAAGGGUCCCGUUGGCAGACAGUCAUUGCUCUUCUUCGCCUUCCAUCACUUACCUGGUAAACAUUGAGCGCUGUGCAGACCUAGCAAAAGAAAACAUUCCUAUGGUAUCCCGUUACAGAUCCUGCCAUUGUUUCCCUGACCAGAAUAUGCUCUGUGAACAAAGACCUCGGCAGCUAGUGGACCGUAAACCUAAUGGGGGAGGUAGGAAAGGCUGCAGUGAAUUGAAGCCUUCAAUUCAAACUCACGGGAUCUCCACAUCUGCUGAAAACCGUUCCUGGGACACCAUCAAAUCCCUGACAUCUUCAAAAGAGAAACUGAAAAGCAAAAGGUUUGGCCUUGGCCUUUUCUGGAGAAGUGCUUCCAAAAAAGAAAAACGUAAGAAGGAGUACUCCACUUUUUCAGCCCAGUUUCCUCCCAAGGAGUGGCCAGUCAGGGAUGAAGAUGACUUAGAUAAUAUUCCACGUGAUAUUGAACAUGAAAUCAUCAAACGUAUUAACCCUACUCUUACAGUUGAUAAUUUGAUUAAACACACAAUUUUAAUGCAGAAGUUUGAGGAGCAAAAAAAAUACAUCAGUAAGGGUACCUUGGCUGAAGUGUCAAUAGUCAGGCAAAACCAUCUUUCAAAGGACUGUAUUCAAAAGACAGAAAGUAAACCAGCAAAACACACCAGGAAAACCAAAUCAAAGGAAGAGAAGCAGAUUAGUAGAAGCAACAGGAAAUUUCACAUACAUGAGCUAACAUCCCAAAAUGAGAAACUGGAAGAGAACCUUUCACUGCCUAUCUUAAACCAACAGCCAUCUGAUGUAGGAGUGGAAUCCCAUGUCAUAUAUAAAAAACAAAUUAAGAACCCUUUCCAGGGUCUGUCAUGGAGACGCAACUUUCAUGCAAAAGGGUACAAAGGUACUAUUAACAGUCAGCUGAAGUCCAGGACUCGAAAGCAAGACAGAGCUUUACAAAGGCCAUGGUCCUUGGACUCCUCAAAAACUUUUGACUAUGAAACCAAACAGCUGACUACUGAAAUGCAGGCUGACAAAGCUAAGCAAAACAAACUACUCCAUGCUAAUAGGUCUUCCCUCCAACUAAAGAAAGACAGUUUAAGUGAAAACUUUAGUUAUCUGCAAGGCAAUACUUUGCAAAUAGAUAAUAAAAGUAAAUACUUUCUGGAGAGUACUAUUUCUGAAGAAAACAUCUACAGAGGAACAGUAAAAAAAAAUCCUGGGGAUAUUAAAAAAUCCCCUCACUCCUACAUUGAAGAUAAUGGUGUGUGCAAAGAAGAUGCAAAAUUUUCAUUACAUCUGAAAGAUGAGAAUUGCAGGUGCAAAGCUGACACUGUAUGUGAGCUAUUAGAUCAAACAGCAAAUGAAUUUCAAAAUGUCCAUCUUUCAAAUUAUACAGCCAAUGUCAGCCUGGUAAAAAAAAUUGGUGUGAAAUACAGACAAAAGACUGAUAAAAAGAGUGAACUUAUAUUUAAAUAUGACUGUGCCAGCCAUCCCGGAUCAAUGAAGCUGGGAAGUGAAGGAUUUACUGAUAACUGCCAUCUUCUGUACCAAAAAGCACAUGAUGGUGACACCUGUAACUCGUUACAUCUGGAUGACAAUUUUGAAGGCAAUGAACCAUGUCACCUGCCUCCUGGCCAUGCUUUUUCAGAUACAAGAGACUGGAAUAAAGCUGUGCAAAAGCUGGGGACAGCUAUGUCCCUAAAAAACUGUAAGGUUAAUACUUAUCCCGCCCAGUACAACACAACUGUAAAUAAAUGUGACUCUGGAGAGCAUGGAUAUAAGGAAAGUGCUAGUUUUGCAGAAUCAACAGAUGGCUCAAAAGAGCAUCCAAAACCAGGUUUCUCAGAAGAAAGUUGUUUGUGCAGUCAGGUUCUUCUGAUAGGUCGCAGAAAGGAAGAAGAAGCUGGCCUUACUGAAUGUGCAGAGGCUUCAGCUGUAGCAGAUUUCUGCCACACUAAUGAGGCUGACUCAGAUGCUGACACUUUGCAGAACUUCACCUAUGAGAUAGGUGAAGUAGUGGCAUGCUGUGCUUUGGGCUCACAGACCAAAGAAAUGAGAAACCCUCUGGGAAAAAAAGAUCUGCUUUUUAAGAAUGCAUGUACUGUGGUAUCAGGACAGAAACACCCAGAAGGGACAGAAAACCACAGCAUUACAGGAGACAGCGGAAUUGACUCCCCAAGAUGGAAUGAAAAGAAGAUGAAGCCUCCUGCCAAAUUCUGA